AUGCCACAACUUUAAAUACACUGGCAAAGUCUCUUUCUAGCUAAAUGUCUUGACUCUUCUCCUCUUUCAAAAUGAAGCUUCAUGCAAUGGAGGCCUUUGGGAGAAGCCAAGGGCAGCCAAAAACAGCUAAAAUUGUCCUAAUAGUAAUCUUUGUCACCCUAGUUUUUCUCACAAUAAUCCCUGCAUUUUACCCUCUCCUAGGGUAUCCUCUAUACCUCUUAAAAGCUUCAUCUCCCAAGCCCUCACCUGCCACCGCAUUCGACUCUCGAGAAGGCGAACUCCGGUCUUCGAUAAGGAUAUCCGAAGGAGAGGACUGCGACAUAUUCUCGGGCGAAUGGGUACCGAAUCACAACGCGCCGUACUACACGAACACGACGUGCUGGGCGAUACACGAGCAUCAGAAUUGCAUGAAAUACGGAAGGCCCGAUACCGAGUUCAUGAAAUGGAAAUGGAAACCUGAUGGGUGUGAGCUCCCUGUUUUGAACCCAGCUCAGUUCCUGGAAAUCGUUAGGGGAAAAUCUCUGGCCUUUGUUGGUGACUCUGUGGGUAGAAACCAGAUGCAGUCCUUGAUAUGCCUCCUUUCAAGAGUUGAAUAUCCAAUAGAUGUUUCGUAUACACCAGACGAGAGAUUCAAACGAUGGACAUACACGACUUACAAUUUCACCAUUGCUUACUUUUGGACUCCACAUCUGGUGAAAUCAGAAGAAAGGGAGGACAACCGCGGUCCUACGCAGACAGGACUUUUUAAUCUCUAUCUCGACGAAUUCGACGAACGGUGGACGACCCAGAUCGAAGAAUUCGACUACUUAAUCAUCUCCGGAGGCCAUUGGUUUUAUCGUCCAUCGGUUUUCUACGAAAAUCAUCGGAUUGUGGGUUGCCAUUUUUGUCUUCUUGAAAAUGUCACGGACUUAACCAAGUUUUAUGGGUACCGAAAGGCUUUCAGGACUGCUUUUAAAGCUAUUAAUAGCUUGGAGAACUUCAAAGGCAUAACAAUUUUAAGAACAUUCGCACCACCACACUUCGAGAAUGGAUUGUGGAACCGAGGUGGGAAUUGCGUGAGAACGAAGCCGUUCCGAAGCAACGAGACUGCAUUGGAUGGUGAUAACAUGGAGUUUUAUAUGAUUCAAAUCGAGGAAUUCAAAACUGCCGAAAGAGAUGGGAAAAAGAAAGGAAAGAAAUAUCGGUUAAUGGAUACGACACAAGCGUCGUUGUUGCGACCGGACGGUCAUCCGAGCCGAUACGGACAUUGGGCUCAUGAAAACGUGACAUUGUACAACGAUUGUGUGCACUGGUGCUUGCCUGGUCCGAUUGAUACUUGGAACGAUUUCUUGCUUCAAAUGUUGAAGAUGGAAGGAUUAAGGUCACAUAAGGAGAUGCUUUUGUCAGGUGACAGAAGAAUGAGAUUCUAAUAAAUAUUUCAAGUUUGUUUUGCCUUUUUAUGUUAUUAUUUGUUUCUAAUUGUUUAUUGUAUGAUUAGUACUUUGGUUAAUUGCACUUUUACGCUUAUCUUAUUGAUAAUUUAUGUAAGUUCGAAUGAAAUUUGAGUAA